AUGGCAGGAACUUCAACGAGCGGGGGCUACCAAGCGGUCGAAGCCGACAAUACGGCUCCCGCUGUCCAAGGGGACGUCGCCAAGAAAGUCUUGGAGCCCGACAUACCCGGACACAACGAGCUAUUCAACGAAGAAAACGAUCAUGCGUGGUGGCUCGCCAAUCUGUUCCCGACCCAACCCAUAUUCUUCGGCACAUGGGAUGGAGUAUUCACCACCUGUCUGAUUCACUUAGUGGGAGCUAUUGUUUUUCUCAGGGCAGGAUGGAUUGUUGGAAAUGCCGGCAUUGAGCAAUCGCUGCUGAUCGUGGGAAUAACUGCCAUGGUUUGCUGCAUCGCUCUGGUAGCUGGAGUUGGGAUCACUCAGAGAUGCCACAUCGACACUGGAGGAGUUCACGACAUUUUGAGUCACAUUCUCGGCGCUCGACUCGGGGGCGCCGUGUCUGUUGUGUAUUGUUUCGGCCAGGCCGUGAGUUGUGCUCUGCAUUUAAUGGCGUUUGCGGAAUCGAUGGGACUACUACUCAACUUCAAAGACGAUUACAUUCAGAAAGCAAUCGCUGUCGUCUCCCUCAUGUGUGUCCUGGGAAUCAAUCUCGCUGGAGUCAAAUGGGUCGUUCGGAUCCAAUUCGUUCUCCUUGUUGUUCUACUGUUGGCCUUAUCGGACUUCGGCGUCGGGAUCUUCGUCAAGAAAGCUCCAGAAUCCGGCGUGACUGGUUUGAACGCGACGGUUUUCGUCAACAACCUGAACGCCUCUUACAUGGACGGACAGAACUGGUUCACAAUUUUCGGGCUUUUCUUCCCGGCGAUGACGGGAGUCUGCGCAGGGAUCAAUAUGAGCUCAGAUCUCCUGCAACCAGCGAAAAACAUCCCGACAGGGACGUUCAGCGCGAUCGGCACCAGUGUUCUCAUCUAUGUGGCAUUUAUUCUCGGCCUCGGUGCUACUUGUGAGAGAUGGGCGCUCCAAAACGACUACAUGAUAGCAGAGAAGGUUUCGGCCGUAAGUUUUUUACUCCUGACCGGGCUCUACAUAUCGUCGAUGUCGUCUAGUCUCGGUUCCCUCUAUGCAACUCCGAGAAUUCUUCAACGAAUGGCCAUCGAUGGAAUUCUUCCGGGAUCGCCGUUUCUCUCGGAAGGGAAGGGACCGAACAAAGUGCCCGUGUCGGCGAUGCUUCUAUUUUCGGCGGUGACACUAGCUUUCGUUCUGGCGGGAAACUUCAAUCAACUGGCUCCCAUAGUCACCAUUCCCUUCCUCAUCACGUAUGCAUCAGUCGAGUACGCAUACUUCAAUAUGGCGGUCACGUACAAAAUUCAGAAGGAGCGACGGGAAAAGUUCGACCAGCAUCCCGUGGUUCCAUCGAACCGACAAUAUGCAGCCGAGGUAGCCACGCCAAUGACCGGAAGCCCCACUCAUCAAUACGGAGCUCCGCAAGCUGAAACGACUGCUCCACAAGGAGGAGACUUGGAGCGACUUUUCCCAGAGCGGGUCACCGUCGUGCGUACUAGAUCGAGAGCUUCAUCGAGCUCGUCAUCUCCUUUGACGUCCCCGGGACAUUCCUCACUCCGUUCGGCUCAAGAUGAGGCCUCGGCUCUAAUCAGACAAGAAACCAAGGUCGCUCGGAUCCCUCUAACAGAAGUGGCGAGGAAGCCUGACACGUGGUAUUUCCGUCUCUUCAACAAAUGGGUCGCGCUUUUAGGGGCGGUACUCAAGGUGACGAUUAUGUUCCUAGUGGAAUGGCGGUAUUCCAGUCUCUCGAUCGCUGCUAUUGCCAUAUUGUACGUUUACAUAAACAAAAACAAGCCCCAGAGUCACAGCGGUAUAUCGGAAUGGAGCCUCCAUUCAGCGGCGAAGAAUUCGUUCUUCAAAUGUAUCGGACGGCAAGCGAUUUCUCAAGAGCAGGUGGUUGUGUCUCCUCCGCAUCCCGGGGGCCAAUUCACUUCAUCCCAGUUGAAUUACGAAGGGAACGAUUACGCAAACAGAAAACGAUACCAUCAGACAACCACUGUUCAGCCGGCGCACCACUACCAAGACUUCGAUGGAGACUAAAGUCGUUGAAGCGUGCGGCGAUCUGAUUACUUGGCGGACACUUCGAGGAAUACUGCGUCCCAAACUCUGCCAAGUAUUGUUACCCCAGGGUGUCGCAACUAUCCUGAUUUUCCGGAGUGUCAGCCGAAAAUUUCGGAAUUCGCUCCCUCAGAACUAUACAAUCGUUGGGGCUUGCGUGGUCGUCCAAAUGAGUUUCAUAGCCCAGCGUUUACCCGAGGCCAACUUGAACUUGACCGAGACCUCCAAACCGGCGCCAGCGGGGCGGCACUAGAGUUUGCGGAGCUCUCGGUCGACGUCGCGGAAUCUUGGGCUGAGGUCUCUUCAUGUCUGUACCGAAUGAGACUCCGUUGAGACCAAGCUCAGAACCUUUGGAACCACCGACAGGAGAGACAAGUGUGAGAUUCUAUCGAACGUAAAGGUGUAGCGAAUAAUCAUUCAAGG